UGCCGCAGGUAGGUUCGAACCUUACUUCUCAUAAUGCUGCCUGCGCUCACAUUUCAUAUCAGAGAAAACAUUUCCUCCUCCAACGUGCACCGAAGGCAACAUGGGGAAGAUCGAGUGGGCUAUGUGGGCCAAUGAGCAGGCUCUCGCUUCUGGACUCAUUCUCCUUACUGGAGGCAUUGUGGGGGUGGCAGGGCUGUUCAGAGGGUGGCAGUUUGCUGCCUAUGCUAUUGUCGCUGGCGUCUUCAUAUUUCUGCUGGAGUACCCGAGAAGCAGAAGAGCAAAAGGCACCGGUGUGGAACGAAAGGGACAGUAUUGUUUCACUGUGUGUGUUAAAGCUUUCGGGCCUCUGACAAGGAAUUACUACGUCAGAGCCUUUUUACAUGCAGCGCUGUCCGUUCCUGCUGGUUUUAUGCUCGCUACUGUCCUUGGGUGCGUUUGCCUCGCUAUCGCCAGCCUCAUCUACCUCUCAGCGGCCAUCCACGGAGAACACUGGGAACCCAUUCUACCAAGAGUGGAAGUCAGGAGGGCAGCUCCAAGCAUUAAGAAUCCCCCUCAGAACCCGCCACCAAGACCUCCAGCAGAGAUGCGCAGGAAAAAUGUCGAUGACUUGGAAGGUGCCGCCUAUGACAAUCCCAUGGCUGUCAUUGAUGAGAAGUAACCUGACUGGUUUCCUUUUCUCCACUGUGGUUUUGCAGAAAUGUUAAGAGCUUUAAUGAACGUUUGGUAAACACCUUUCGAAAAAAGGGGGACAGUGCGAAUGUCAUAUUAUUUGUCAGGGGGUAAAAUGUCCCAAUGCGCUGAUUAGCGCUGUUAUUUUUUAUUUUAUAUUUGUGCAUUUGAUUGAACUUUUCUGAUCCCCCUGUCUCAGUUAUUUGAGCUUUGCAUCCACUGUCUUGCAAUUGCACACACUGAUGCGGUUUUAUUCCUCAACAGUUUGCUCGUUUUGGGUGAAUUUGACAUUUAUUUUGUCUGUACACUUUGACUCACUGAAAAAAUAUUUUGUACUAUAGUUUUCUCUACUAUAUGUGAAUAAAUGAUUAUUGUUG